GGAACGCCCGUUCAUAGACCCGAUGGCCUUGCCAUGCUGAUGAGUCCCAAAAAGGGCGAAACAGCUGCCCAGGUGAUCUCAGUGCUGAUAAUUGGAGAAGUUAUUCAAGCUGUUUCACGGCAGGUUAGUUCAAUUAGUCGCAGUAAACUUGCAAAAAGAUAAAAUCACUGGUUCAGAACAAAGAAAUAUGUCUUCAGAGCAUCGUUAUUCAAAUUGAUACAACAGACAUAUUAUACUUUAGAAAAAAUUGAUUGCAAACCGCUUCAAGUUUCUUUAAUUUUGCCCAUUCGUUCCUUCCUUUAUAUUUGGUCUAUUUGCAAUGCUCGCUUCAAAACUUAUUAAUUAAUCAUAAAGAAAAAACCGAAAGAAAUUAAUGUUUAAUUAGUCUCUUUAUAUCUGAUAACGACACGGCUAAACUUGACCAAAAUAGCCCCAAAUCUAAAUAUUACUGCAAGAAUGAGUCGAUAUCAGAGAUUUUGAAGCCGUUCAAAAAAACUCACAGUCGUGUAUUAUCAGGCGAGCCUCGAGUUUUUGUGUUUUUAAACCUGAUAAUACACUUCUGCUAGUUUUAUAAAACAGUACUUAUAGUUCCCUCAUUAUUAAUUCACCCAUUUCCGGAACUAGUCGCUGCCUAGCUAAUGGCUGAAUUUGGGUAAAUUUCGUUAACUAGGCCCCAUCAUAGGUUAUUUCCGCCCUUGCAGCCGUCGUGUAAGUGCUAGUUGUCACCCUAGCGAAUUAGAGUGAAAACCCGAUAUAACGAACCUCUAUGUAAAGAAGUCCUCGGUAUUGGCCAUUUCGGAGUUGCGUAGGGAGCUGGGGCGGGUUUCAAAUUUAAACUAGUCGAUGAACUGACACCACCAUAUAUAAGGUCAUGUUGAGAUCGGUUAUUUGACCAAGUUUGGUGCUCUAAGGUUGAACAGGGAUCAGUCACCAGUCCCUUGUUAUUCUUUAGUUAGUUGUAUCCUUCUCAGAGGUUUCGAAGUGUGGAAAAGUCCAACAAAGUCAGGAUAUUGGUGCACUUUUCUCCCAGUCACAAACGCCUUUUACUUUUACUUGGUUUUAACACUUCUCAGAGGUGUGCAAGUGUGCAGUAGUCUGACAAACUGAGUUUAAUGUUGCACUUUCCCUGGAUGCGCCACUUUUCCACACUUCCACAUCCCUGAGAAGAGUAGAACUAAGUGAUGAAUGAUAAGAGGUUCAUGACUAGGGAAAAAGUGUGAUACUGAAUAUCCUGACUUUGACAGACUUUUUCACACUUCCACUCCUCUGAGAAGUGUAGAACUAAGUUAACAACUGAAGAAACUCAGGUUUUCAUGGCCAGGGCUGGACAUGCCUUCGGAUUGAACGAUGUUGUGGCAUAUCUGAGAAGCCUCCCCAAAGCAGCCGUUGAUUAUUUCUCAAAAGAUUUCAGCCUUGUGAAGUUACUUCUUGUUCUACCUUCCACGAAUGCUGUGAGUGAGCGUUAG